GACAUGGGCAGAGUUCACAACGAUUAUAUAAUGGAUAUGCAGAGAAAGCUGACCUCAGUUUGAAUGUGCAGUUGUUCAGUCAAUAACGCAGGAUGUCCAGAGCGUUCUGCAGAGGGACGGCCGGUGCCCUGUUGGGGCUGUUUCUUCUUGGGGUUGGUUUACUAAUUACUGCACUGCUGAUCAGAACAUAUACCUUAACUAAACCCAGAGUCAUUUGGCAAGGAGAAGGAGCCCAAGAAGCCACGCUUGGUGACAGAGCAAUAAAACAACUCAGACAGGCACUAAUAGGAGCGGUUCGCAUUCCUACUGUUUCCUUUUCUGAAGAAGAGCAGAAUUUCACGGCUCUGGCUGAGUUUAAAGAUUACAUAAGAAAAGUUUUUCCUCGGGUGUUCUCUUCAAGUUUUAUUCAACAUGAGGUUGUGGCACAAUACAGUCACCUGUUCACAGUCCGAGGCUUAGAUCAAGGUUUGAUGCCAUACAUGAUCCUUGCCCACUUGGAUGUUGUUCCAGCCACAGAUGAGGGCUGGAAGUUUCCACCAUUCUCUGGAGAGGAGCACAGCGGAUAUAUUUAUGGAAGAGGAGCAUUGGAUGACAAAAGCUGCGUGAUUGGUUUGCUUCAAGCUCUUGAAUUUUUGCUGGAGAGAGGCUACCAACCUCGAAGAUCUUUCUAUAUUGGACUGGGACAUGAUGAGGAGGUGUCUGGACAUAAAGGAGCCAUGAAGAUUGUAGAAAAGCUUCAGUCUCUUGGAGUGAAACUUGUAUUUGUAGUGGAUGAGGGGUUAGCCGUCGUAGAUGGCGUUAUUCAAGGCGUAAAGAGACCAGUGGCUUUAGUUGGCACCACUGAAAAAGGAUCCAUCACACUCAACCUGACUGUAAACCAGCCGCCUGGCCAUUCUUCAAUGCCUCCUGCCGAGACUAGCAUUGGGAUCCUUGCAGCAGCUGUACUAAGGUUAGAAAACCAUCCAAUGCCAAAUAUGUUUGGUGAAGGUCCCGAGGCUUCCAUGUUUGAGCAGCUCUCAAGAGAGUUUUCUUUUCCUCUCAAUGUCAUGAUGGCAAAUUUGUGGCUGUUCUCUCCAAUCGUUAGCAGAGUUCUAGAAACAACUCCUUCAAGCAAUGCUAUAGUGCGGACCACUACUGCAAUAACCAUCUUUAAUUCUGGAUUAAAGUCCAAUGUGAUCCCACAUAUGGCAAGAGCAACAGUCAAUUUUCGUCUUCACCCAGCACAAACAGUUGAUGAGGUGUUAGACAUUAUAAGGAAUACUAUUAAUGAUAAAAGAGUCAAACUUUCCAUCCUGAAUUCAUUUGAUCCCCUUCCUAUUAGCCCCCACGACGAGUCAAACUUUGGUUACCAAAUACUACAGCGAACCAUUCACUCUGUGUUUUCUGGAGUGCCAGUAGUGCCAGGUAUCUGUAUUGGGAAUACUGACAGCCGCCAUUUUGUCAACUUGACUAACAGCAUCUAUCGUUUUAGCCCUUUUCAGUUGAAACCUGAAGAUUUGGGAAGGAUUCAUGGACUGAAUGAGAGGAUUUCAGUGGAAAACCUUAAAAAAGUUGUCCAGUUUUAUUAUCAGCUGAUUCAAAAUGCAGACUCUGAUAAAGUUCCCACAGCUGAUCAAGACAAUCAUGAGCUAUAGAAAAGUAUGAAGAGUGAUCAAGAAGAAUCAAUAAUUCCCUUCCUUAUUGUUUUCCUUAACCACUUAAAACACGGACCAAUAUGCAGGUAAAGGACCUGGCCCCUUUUUGCGAUUCGGCACUGCGU